UCGGCCCAAGCCUACUAUCAUUGGGCCGUUUCCCUUUCAAGGCCCAUUAAAGUACAUGAGCUUCUCAAGAGAGCCCAAUAUCCGGCCCAAAUUUCAACUGCUGAGGCCCAUUUCGAAAUAUCGUCUUCCAGUUCCUGCUGACCGUACAUGGUAUCCCUCUCCCAGUUCUUUCCCGCCUCUGUAACUCGCCGUCCGCCGCGUAAUCUCCGAUCAACCUCCGGGUUGAAUGUAAGUGAAAAGCUCUUUGAUGCUGCGCUGCCUUACAAUGUUUGUCAAUGUGCGUCGCCUACAGAAAUCUUUUAUGAAAGGUUGGAGCAUGUGACGAGCAAAUUUAGCUGUGAACCAGAUGUUUAUUCGCAUAAUUCUGUGAUAAAUGCAAACUGCUUAAAAGGGCAGUCAUCACAGGCACUUCACUGGGUGAAUUUGAUGAUCGCAAAUGGCUGUAAAUCUAGUAUUGCUACAAUCAGUUCCGUCAUUGAUGCCUUCUGCAGGGGGGGGGGGGGGGNGAAAUUUUUUGUUGAAAUUGACUGUGCAUGGGCUGGUAGAUACGAUGAAACCAUGAUGUUUUUAGAGGAUUUACUCGAGAAAGGAUUUCCUCCAACUGGUUGCUUUUAA